AUGAUCGUCAUCGUGCGUAUCUAAAACAUCUUCAAAUCUAUCUUUGACCAUCGUACUCUUUUCUCUCUCUCUCUCUCUCUCUCUCUCUCUUCAUCAUCAUCACCCUUCUACCUUUUCGCCGCUGUUGCAGACUCUGCUUCAACCACAACACCACACCACAAUAGAGAGAGAAAGAAACUAACUAGUAAAUACCUUCAAAUUCAUUCACUCUUUCUCUUUCACUGCCACUUCUCUUCUUUUUCAUUCACCUUUCAUCAUUCUUCAUCAUUCACUCUUCAUACCUGAAACUGAAACUCAACACACAAACACACUUUCUUCUUCCUCUCCGAUUCAUUCUACGGCCGCGAUCUUCUCGUUUCGAUUUUUGUACGGCCAGGGGUCCUUUACCUGCUAACUCUCUCCUUUCUCUUUCACUCUCUCUCCUCUACGAGGUGGGUGAUCGAUUGAGGGGCGUAGAACUCGUUGGAUAUCUGUGUGGUAUCUACAAAUGAUCUUAGUUCUUUGAUUUAAUUCUAGUUAGAAAGUAGCUUUCCGGAACAAUAAACAUGGAGUCCAAUGGUCAUAGAAGAGCGAAAAGAUAUGAUUGUGCCAUUAAAGAAAACGGUGAUUCGCAUUUGUCAAGUGAUGAUGAACAUGAUCCGUGGACUGCGUGGGCAUACAAGCCUCGCACGAUCACACUAUUACUUAUUGGUGCUGGCUUACUUAUUUGGGCAAGUGGAGCACUUGAUCCAGAAAGAGAUGCAUCAGGCGAUGUUGUUACUUCGGUUAAAAGGGGUGUAUGGGCAAUGAUUGCUGUUUUUCUCACUUAUUGCUUGCUGCAAGCUCCUUCUACGGUUCUCAUUAGGCCGCAUCCUGCAAUUUGGCGCUUGGUACAUGGGAUGGCUGUUGUAUACCUUGUUGCUCUCACAUUUUUGCUUUUUCAGAAACGCGACGAUGCUCGACAGUUUAUGAAGUAUCUUCAUCCUGAUCUUGGCAUCGAACUUCCAGAAAGAUCGUAUGGUGCUGAUUGUCGCAUAUAUAUACCCGAAAACCCUGCCAGCAGGUUUAAGAAUGUUUAUGAUACACUUUUUGAUGAGUUCGUUCUAGCGCACAUUAUUGGGUGGUGGGGGAAGGCAAUAUUGAUUCGCAAUCAGCCCCUUCUUUGGGUGCUAUCAAUAGGUUUUGAGUUGAUGGAGCUUACUUUCCGUCACAUGUUACCGAAUUUCAAUGAGUGCUGGUGGGACAGUAUUAUUCUGGACAUCUUAAUCUGCAAUUGGUUUGGAAUUUGGGCAGGAAUGCAUACUGUCCGCUACUUCGAUGGAAAAACAUACAAGUGGGUUGGUCUUAGCCGCCAACCUAAUAUAAUCGGAAAAGUGAAACGAACGUUAGGCCAAUUCACACCGGCCCAAUGGGACAAAGACGAGUGGCAUCCAUUCCAGGGUCCAUGGAGAUUCAUUCAAGUUCUUAGUCUUUGCAUUGUAUUUUUGACAGUAGAGCUCAACACAUUCUUUUUGAAGUUUUGUCUAUGGAUACCGCCGCGAAAUUCAGUUGUUAUAUAUAGGUUAAUUUUGUGGUGGCUUCUUGCAAUUCCAACUAUUCGCGAAUACAACACAUACCUUCAAGACAGUCUCUUCGAAUGUUUUUUCAGUAAGCCAGUGAAAAAGGUUGGAGCUUAUUGUUGGCUCUCUCUUGCCAUUUGUAUUGUCGAACUUCUCAUUUGCAUCAAAUUUGGAUACGGCUUAUAUCCGAAGUCGAUGCCAUUAUGGCUGGUAAUUUUAUGGUCAUCUGUUGGAGUAGGAAUUGUUACAUUUUUGGGUCUAUGGUCUUGGCAACUCCUCCAUAGGAGAAGUCUAGAGAGAAAGAGGCGAUAGUGAUUAUAUUUUUACUACUAUUGUAGUAGUGCAUUAUUAUUCUUUGAUUUGAUUACUUUCUAAUUUUUAUGGGUUUUUCAUAGAGCCAUACAAUGUGUAAAUACCAUCAAAUCGACCUCAUAAUUGUAAAUGUUUGCGAGAUUAUUCUUUUUCUUGGUUUGAGUUUC